AUGAAAGUUAUUCUACGAGUUUAUAAUAUUGGCGAUCCAGAAAUAGUAAAACUUUUAAAUAAUGUCUUGAAAAAAGAAUUUCUUGGGAUUUGGCAUACUUCUAUUGAAGUAUACGGAAAAGAAUUUUUUUAUGAUAAUCAAAUAUGUAAAGUUCUUCCUAAUUGUUCAAAGCACAAAAUUCCACACACAAUACAUGAUAUGGGAACCACAGAAAUUUUAGAAGAAGAGUUUGAACUUUUUUUAGCUAAUUUAAAUGAAAAAUAUGGGUUAAAUACCUACGAUCUUUUAUUUAACAAUUGUAACCAUUUUACAAAUGAUUGCAUACUAUUUCUAGUAAACAAAUCAAUUCCUUCUUACAUCACUGAUGUUCAUGAGACAGCUAUUGAAAACGAAUGUAUCUUAAAUAUUGUAAAAAUGUUUCUUGGAAAUGAAGGAUAUAAAUAA